AUGGUGGCGUAUUCCUCCUUGGUGGCGCUAACUCCCAUCAAACAGAGCACCGGUCAUAAUGUGGUCGUUAUACACAGAGAACAAGGACUUGAUGGCGACAGGCUCUUGCAUGUAGCAGGAGGGCCGCAUACUGGUUUAAUCAUCAACAAACUCUGCAAAUACGUCCCUGGAGAAUAUCGAAAUAAUGUAGAGCUCUCGUUCUCGGUUUGGCUCAGCGAUGGAAGUAGUAGAAAACAGGAGAAACGGACUAUGAAGUUUUUCCUGCGAGAUGAUGUCGAACUACAACAUGGACGUUCAGUUGUGCACAACUUUUUUAAACAGCUUAUGGCAGGAUUCCCGAAAGAUUAUGUUUCCUUCAUGACGCGUGUCCUCAAACUCAUGCAACAUGAAUUUGCUGAGAUUCAGCGCAUAGAUAUUGAAUUCAAACUCGUUAGCGAAGAAGAACAAGUCGUGAUUCCAGAUGCCGCUCAAUAUGAUUCAGGAUCUGAAGUUGAGGAGGUUACUGUGGGUCACGUGCAGGAGGUGCUGGAGCAUGCUUUCCCCAAUGGAAUUACUAUUCCUGUCAUGGCUGAAGCAUUAAGGUGCUCCGAGGAAGAAGUGUUCAAGUACUUGAAAGAACUAGAGGCUUUGGGUGUGGCUCGUAGCGUAGAGAACGAGUGGUUGCGAGUGGACACCCGCAAUGUAGAUGCUGUUGCUCGGGCUCCUCAUGGUGUUCUAUCUGAUCAACCGACUGUUGCUAUCAUUUCCUGUCUUUUCAUUGAAAAGCAAGCUGUCGACGCUAUGAUUGAUGACAGAUCAACCGUGCAUAAGUAUAAAUCCGGUGGAGAUUCGAAUGUCUACACCAUGGGACGCAUCGGACAGCAUCGUGUUGUUGCGACUAAACUUGCUCUAAUUGGAGAUACUCGUGAAGCUACAACAAGUGCAGGGUCGAUUACGACAAGACUCCUUGGGAACUUUCAGAACAUAGAACAUGUUUUCGUAGUAGGUGUUGGUGGAGCCGUCCCUCAUUUCACCGAUGCGAAACGGCAUGCAAGACUUGGUGAUGUCAUUGUUAGUGCGAGUCGCCCGGAUGCCUACAUUUUCUCCUACGAUCUCAUCAUUGAUAGAAAAACCGAGGCCUUUUCUGGCUUCGCUGUAAGACGUUGGAAUCCUGUCGACCACGUCAUCGAGAAAAUAGUGACAGACGGUGGUGAGGAGUUGGUUUCUGUCUGGAAUGAUGUUGCCGAAGAAGCUGUUCGCAGACUACAUGAGGCUGGCGGGGACAGCGAUUUCUCCAUGCCACCUGCUGAGACAGAUGUGUUAGCGUUACCAGUUGGCGGUGGUAAUGUGGUGGUAGUGCCACAUCCAAAUCAAGCGACAAGGAUAGGAGCAGAGGUUCAUCUUGGAACCGUCGGGGCGCUCGCGAAUUUCAAGCGGCAUACUGAGGAAAAUGAAGAGGACUCAGUAGGAGCACUUCGCGCAAAAUUCGCUGAGGAGUACGAAGUUCGUGCUAUUGACGCUGGCUUCGAUUCCGUCAUUGCGGCAAUCUCCGGAUCUCGUAUUGAUUCCUGGGCUAUGAUAAGAGGUAUUGCCGAUUACCAGCAUGGUAUGAGCCGCGCCAGCAAACUUUGGCAGGGACACGCUGCUGCUCGAGCCGCUGCUAUGGUUCGUGUUCUUGUGGAAAGAUUACCUUCACCUCAAUAA